CUGGGGGUUGUGGGCGGAGUUUGCUCGGAGUCAUUAAAAGCGGUUGAGCAGCGUUGCCUACUACGCAUUUGCUUCUCUUCUGAGACAAUGGCUGUUGCUUCGCUGUCUGGGCUAGCGGGGCUGCUGGUGCGGCCACUAGGCUCUGAGGGGCCUAUAGAGCUGGGCUCCUUUCUGGGGCAGGUGCUACUAGUUUCCAAUGUGGCGUCGCUUUGAGGCACCACGAGCCGAGACUUUACCCAGUUCCACGAACUGCAGCGGCGCUUCGGGCCCCGCGGGUUUACGGUGCUCGCCUUCCCAUGCAACCAGUUCGGCCACCAGGAAAAUGCCACCAAUGAAGAGAUCCUGAAUUCAUUGAAGUUUGUCCGCCCAGGCAAUGGGUAUGAGCCUAACUUCCCUGUGUUUGAGAAGUGUGAGGUGAAUGGAGCAGAUGCACACCCACUUUUCAAAUUCUUGAAGGAAGCAUUGCCUUUCCCACAUGAUGACCAAGCAUCACUCAUGACCAACCCACAGUGCAUCAUCUGGUCUCCUGUGUGCCGCUAUGACAUCGCAUGGAAUUUUGAGAAGUUCCUUAUAGGUCCUGAUGGUGUGCCUUUCAAACGAUACAGCAGGCGGUUUGAAACGAUCAAGAUCCAGGAUGAUAUUGAAAAGCUUCUUCAGCAAGUUUCAUAGAAUCAACCGUCUUGCAGAAAUUUCCUCUUAUGCUAAAGAGCUGCAGAUCGAUUUCUGUCUAAAUUUUUGAAUGGCUUUACACAUUGUCUCCUUAAUAGGUACACAUUCCAGAUCUGCUUUGCAUACUCCUGUCAGGACCAAAGUACACAAGCAUCAAGUUUAAAUUCAGUACACCACAGAAUCAUAUGCCAGGAAACCAUGUGAUGUGGCUGUUCUCAGUAUAUGUUUCUGUGGUGUGCACAGUUAACCUUCAGUCAUGUCAUGAAGAUCCUUGUGCUGUGAUGGCAGAUUUUGUUAAAGCAACAUUAUUAAAAAUCUGCACAACUGGUCAGAUAUCCAGUGGCCAGUCAGAAGCCCUACUGAGCAAAAUCCUCAUCUGACCCUGCCCAUUGUCUCAAAACAUCCAUUGGGUGCCAGGAAAGGUCUCGCAGGCAUCAUGGUGCCUAUGGACAUUACAUUGGGAACCCCAUUGUAUUGUGUAAAGUGGCCAGGUUUUCGGACCUUCUGCAUUGCCCUUUUUCUUUAGUUACUUUGUAUUGCCAAUUGCUUACUCUGGCAGUAGGAUUCUAUUCGCCAUCAAAAUUUUGUUCAUGAUGGUGCUUGUUCUAAACAUUUGAAAAGCACUUGAUAUACCUGUAAAAUUUUGUGUGUGAUGUAGUAAAUCACUCCAGGGAAAACAGCUGGGAAUCUGAGCAGUGUGAUAUGAAAGCUCCUAUACACCAAUAAAAUGCUUGCAAUACCA